GCGGAGGAGGAGGAGGGGAGACGAGGGCAGCGGAGGAGGCGAGGAGCGCCGGGUACCGGGCCGGGGGAGCCGCGGGCUCUCGGAGAAGAGACGGAUGAUGAACAAGCUUUACAUCGGGAACCUGAGUCCCGCCGUCACCGCCGACGACCUCCGGCAGCUCUUCGGGGACAGGAAGCUGCCCCUGGCGGGACAGGUCUUGCUCAAGUCCGGCUACGCCUUCGUGGACUACCCCGACCAGAACUGGGCCAUCCGCGCCAUCGAGACCCUCUCGGGUAAAGUGGAAUUGCAUGGGAAAAUCAUGGAAGUUGAUUACUCAGUCUCUAAAAAGCUCAGGAGCAGGAAAAUUCAGAUUCGAAACAUCCCUCCUCACCUGCAGUGGGAGGUAUUGGAUGGACUUUUGGCUCAGUAUGGGACAGUGGAGAAUGUGGAACAAGUCAACACAGACACAGAAACUGCUGUUGUCAACGUCACAUAUGCAACAAGAGAAGAAGCAAAAACAGCCAUCGAGAAGCUAAGCGGGCAUCAGUUUGAGAACUACUCCUUCAAGAUUUCCUACAUCCCGGAUGAAGAGGUGAGCUCCCCUUCGCCCCCUCAGCGAGCCCAGCGUGGGGACCACUCUUCCCGGGAGCAAGGCCAUGCCCCUGGGGGCUCUUCUCAGGCCAGACAGAUUGAUUUCCCGCUGCGGAUCCUGGUCCCCACCCAGUUUGUUGGUGCCAUCAUCGGAAAGGAGGGCUUGACCAUAAAGAACAUCACUAAGCAGACCCAGUCCCGGGUAGACAUCCAUAGAAAGGAGAACUCUGGGGCUGCAGAGAAGCCUGUCACCAUCCAUGCCACCCCAGAGGGGACCUCUGAAGCAUGCCGCAUGAUUCUUGAAAUCAUGCAGAAAGAGGCCGAUGAGACCAAACUAGCUGAAGAGAUUCCUCUGAAGAUCUUGGCCCACAAUGGCUUGGUUGGAAGACUGAUUGGAAAAGAAGGCAGAAAUUUGAAGAAAAUUGAACAUGAGACAGGGACCAAGAUAACAAUCUCAUCCUUGCAGGAUUUGAGCAUAUACAACCCUGAAAGAACCAUCACUGUGAAGGGCACAGUUGAGGCCUGUGCCAAUGCUGAAAUAGAGAUUAUGAAGAAGCUGCGUGAGGCCUUUGAAAAUGAUAUGCUGGCUGUUAAUCAACAAGCCAAUCUGAUCCCGGGGUUGAACCUCAGCGCGCUUGGCAUCUUUUCAACAGGACUGUCCGUGCUGCCUCCACCAGCAGGGCCCCGAGGAGCUCCCCCCGCUCCCCCCUACCACCCUUUCGCUACCCACUCCGGAUACUUCUCCAGCUUGUACCCCCCUCACCAGUUCGGCCCGUUCCCUCAUCAUCACUCUUAUCCAGAGCAGGAGAUUGUGAACCUCUUCAUCCCCACCCAGGCCGUGGGUGCCAUCAUUGGGAAGAAAGGAGCGCACAUUAAACAGUUGGCCAGAUUCGCUGGGGCCUCCAUCAAGAUCGCCCCAGCAGAAGGCCCAGACGUCAGCGAAAGGAUGGUCAUCAUCACUGGCCCACCUGAAGCCCAGUUCAAGGCCCAGGGUCGCAUCUUUGGGAAACUGAAAGAAGAAAACUUCUUUAACCCUAAAGAAGAGGUGAAGCUGGAAGCCCACAUCCGAGUGCCCUCUUCUACAGCCGGCCGUGUGAUUGGCAAGGGCGGCAAAACCGUGAAUGAACUGCAGAACUUAACCAGUGCAGAAGUCAUCGUGCCUCGUGACCAAACGCCAGAUGAAAAUGAGGAAGUGAUUGUCAGAAUUAUCGGGCAUUUCUUUGCCAGCCAGACUGCACAGCGCAAGAUCAGGGAAAUUGUACAACAGGUGAAGCAGCAGGAGCAGAAAUAUCCUCAGGGAGUCGCCUCACAGCGCAGCAAGUGAGGCUCCCACAGGCACCAGCAAACAACGGAUGAAUGUAGCCCUUCCAACACCUGACAGAAUGAGACCAAACACAGCCAGCCAGAUCGGGAGCAAACCAAAGACCAUCCUGAGGAAUGAGAAGUCUGCGGAGGCGCCAGGGGCUCUGCAGAGGCCCUGAGAAUCCCGGAAGGCCAGGAGGGAGGCGAGAGGGUGGCCCUGGGUGGCCCAGCCUCCUGCCUCCAGCCUCCCCCGGGGCCUCUGCAGGCUUCCCAGCCAUGCACCUCACCAUCCACUCGGAUCUCCUUAAACUCCCACCACGCUAUCCCUUUUAGUUGAACUAACAUAGGUGAACGAACGUGUUCAAAGCAAAGCAAAAUUCACACCCUUUUCUUUUUGUGGAAAAGUGUCUCUGUACAUGUAUGUACAUAUUAGAAGGGGAAAGAUGUUAAGAUAUGUGGCCUGUGGGUUACACAGGGUGCCUGCAGCGUUAAUAUAUUUUAGAAAUAAUAUAUCAAAUAACUCCACUAACUCCAACUUUUAAUCAAUUAUUAAUUCUUUUUUCUUUUCAAAGAGAAAGCAGGCUUUUCUAGACUUUAAAGUAUAAAGUCAUUCUUUGGGAGGUCUAAUGGUUUAGUAAGGAGCUUCAAGACCACCCGCACAAAAUUCACCCAGAGGGAAAUCGCGUCGAAAGGACACUCACAGCAGUUCUGGAUCACCUGUGUAUGUCAACAGAAGGGAUACCGUCUCUCUGAAGAGGAAACUCUGUCUCUCUUCAUCCCUUUCUAGCUCACACACCCAUUUCUCUUUGCUUCACAGGUUUUAAACUGGUUUUUGCAUACUGCUAUAUAAUUCUCUGUCUCUCUCUGUUUAUCUCUCCCUCCCCGUCUUCUCCAUCCCCAUUCUCUUUAAUUCCCUCGUCCCUCUGUCUCCAUCCCCACAUCUACGCACCCCCAGGCAAAGCAGUGCUCUGAGUAUCACAUCACACAAAAGGAACAAAAGCGAAACACACAAACCAGCCUCAACUUACACUUGGUUACUCAAAAGAACAAGAGUCAAUGGUACUUGUCCUAGCAUUUUGGAAGAGGAAAACAGGAACCCAACCAACCAACCAACCAAACAAAGAAAAAUUCCACAAAGAAAGAAUGUAUUUUGUCUUUUUACAUUUUGGUGUAUAAGCCAUCAAUAUUCAGCGAAAUGAUUUCUUUCUUUAAAAAAAAAAAAUAUGGAGGAAAGUAGCAAUUUACACGAGGUCGUUGGCCCAGGGCGUUAAAUUUACAGAUUUUUUUAACGAGAAAAACACACAAAAAAAGCUACCUCAGGUGUUUUUUACCUCAGCACCUUGCUCUUGUGUUUCCCUUAGAGAUUUUGUAAAACUGAUAGUUGGAGCAUUUUUUUAUUUUUUUAAUAAAAAUGAGUUGGAAAAAAAAAUAUCAACUGCCAGCCUGGAGAAGGUGACAGUCCAAGUGUGCAACAGCUGUUCUGAAUUGUCUUCCGCUAGCCAAGAACCUAUAUGGCCUUCUUUUGGACAAACCUUGAAAAUGUUUAUUUAAAAAAAAAAAAAAUGACAAAGAAAAACAGAGAGAGAAAGUAUUGGAGAUAUCCUGAAUUUCCAUAGGGUACGCGCCAUUAGGGCUUUUUGCGCUAAAGGAUGAACAUGUACUGGUUUAUGUGAACAAGCCAUUUUACCACCAGACUGCAAUGCCAGUUUCCUCUACUGCAAACAGUGUUCUGUGACAAAAA